GUUCAAAGAAUGCCUCCUUCGCCAUGCAAUACUUCAUAUCAUGUCUGUGUUGCAUGCUGUGUCUCUGGCCAGCCUGAGUGGUGCCUGAGGUGCCUGAGGCUCCCAGGCGCGUGCCUCGGAACCGGCGUAAAGCGGUGGUCAAUUAACUACUAUUAUUGAUACAUCCGGCGCAACUCCGCCUGUUCACCAACUUAUCACGACGCGUCUUCAUCCCCAACAGCGCUUAAGCCAUCCAUCCCAGCCGCUUCUCCUCUACUUCCCCUCACCUCCCCGUCAUAUAUCAUGCGAAGCGACUCGCCAUGUUCCGCCUCCCGUUAGUGCGCGCGUUCUUCCGCGUCCCACCUCCCCCGCCGGCCCCGGCGUCAUCGCUCUUGACCCGCCGCAUCCCAUCACAUUCCCGCAGCGUCUCGCCCUCGAUACGCUCCCUCUCGUGGAGAACAGGCACAGCCCGCCCCUCUUCCCUCCAGCCUCCCCUCCGGGCCUUCCGUCCGCCAUCCCGGCCCUUUUCGAACUCCCCUCACAGCAAGGCCUGGCGAUCCAACAACUACCGCCGGUUCGAUACCAACAAUGGCUCGCGGCAGCCACUGUGGAUGCAGCUCGUGCACAAGUCCAAACCACAACACUACGUCAUAAUAGGUCUGAUCGGAGGAGGCUUCUAUGUCUACAAUCUGGAGACGGUGGAGAUAACGGGCCGUCGCCGAUUCAACUGCAUCCCCGCGGCGUGGGAGUUGAAAAUCGGCCAGCAGAGCUACCAGGAAGUGCUCCAACAGACCCGAGGGAAGAUCCUCCCGGAAAACCACCCCAUCACCAUCAGGGUGAAACAGAUCCUCUCGCAGCUGAUCCCCCAUGCUCCGAUCGAAGGCGCCGACUGGAAAGUGCACGUCAUCAACGAUCCGGAGCAGAAUGCCUUCGUUCUUCCGGGCGGGAAAGUGUUCGUGUAUACGGGCAUCCUCCCCAUUUGCAAGGACACCGACGGUACAGCUGCUGUCCUGGCCCAUGAAAUCGCUCACGUCGUGGCCCACCACACCUCCGAGAGACUCAGCCGGAACUUCAUCACUAUCGGCGCGAUAGCUGCAUUGGUCCUCCUGUUUGACAUCUCCGGACAGCUCUCCUCGGCGUUCAUGAACCUCUUCUUCGAGCUGCCGCACUCGCGGGCGCAGGAGACCGAGGCCGAUGCGAUGGGACUGAUGAUGAUGGCAAAAGCGUGCUUCAACCCCGAGGCUGCCGCUGAAAUGUGGGAUCGCAUGAACCAAGCCGUGAAAGACGCACCCCCUCAAUUCCUAUCCACCCAUCCAGCAGCAACUAACCGCCGAGACGCCCUCCGCGAACUAUUACACAAAGCCGACGCGAUCUACGAAGACAGCGGCUGCCAUACCAUCCGAGGGUUCCUCCCCCGUUUCAAUGAAUUCAACCAGCAAUACACGGGGACGAUGUAGAUGAAUGGUAUCUAUAUUAUCUAUUUGCUUGCAUGUAUAUAUGCAUGCAUGCGGGCCAAAUCUCAAUCUCAAUCUCAAUCUCAAUCUCCAGUCUUGCAGUCUUGUAUACUAAAUGAAGUAUCCUCCGUCAUACUAUAGCGUUGCGUUGCGGAGUAUUGGUUUCCUUUUGCGUCUGGCUGGUGUUUGUACACACAUAUAUACAUAUACAUAUAUUGUCUAUGGGUGGUGGAUGAUACUUAAACC